AUGUGGGUCCCAGGCAUGAGGCAGCCAACGGUUCAGUCGACGGCUGGGGCUGUCCGGGUGUGCAAUGAGAAAGGCGAGAUUUCCAUGGAGAAGGUGAAGGUGAAACGUUAUGUGUCGGGAAGGAGGCCAGACUAUGCCCCCAUGGAGGCCUCAGAUGAGGAGGACAAAGACUUCCAACUCAUUAAGAAAGCCAAAGAACAAGACGCUGAGCCAGAGAAACGCAAGGAAGACUCCUCGAGGGACCCUCGUCUGCGGAGCCUACAACAUCUGAUCCGUGAAGCUGCGGAAGAGAGAAUGGCUCAACAUCGGAAAAUGGCGGCACUUGACAUGGUAGGCCAAGGUGACUCAGAAGUACAAGGAGAUUCUUGUCAGAUGGAACAAGAAGAUGGCAGAGAAGGAGAGGAAGAAGAAAUCGACGAUGAGGAAAUAGAACGGCGCCGUGGCCUGCUGUGUCAGAGAGCCAAGGAAAGGAAACAUGAAGAGAUGGAGGUCAUGGAGGCCGGAGAGGAUCGGCAUUCUGGACAAGAGUCAGAAUCUGAGUGUGACUAUGAAGAAUAUAUAGACAGUGAAGAUGAGAUGGAGCCUCACUGGAAACCACUUUUCAUUCAAAGGAAGGACCGAGUGACAGUUCAAACGUGGAAGGUCCAAGCACUAAAACUCAAGGAGUUGGAGCAGGAAGCAAAACGCUCGGCUGAAGAGAGACGCAGGUACACACUCCAGAUUGUAGAGGAGGAGGCCAAGAGGGAGCUGGGGAAGAACAGAGGGUCCCUAGCUGCACUGGAUGCUCUCCAUACUGAGGAGGAAAAUGAGGAGGAAUAUGAGGCAUGGAAAGUUCGAGAGCUCAAAAGAAUCAAGAGGGACCGAGAAGGUCGAGAAGCCCUUGCAAAGGAGAAAGCAGAAACUGAACGCCUGGGAAACCUGACUGAGGAGAGGAGGCGAGCUGAGCUUCGGGCAAAGGCCCAAGGCCUUAGCAACAAAGCGGUUCAAGGAAGGUACAAGUUUUUACAGAAGUAUUAUCACCGAGGUGCUUUCUUCAUGCAUGAGGAUGAAGAAGUCUACAAGAGAGAUUUCAGUGCACCGACCCUCGAGGAUCAUUUCAACAAAACCCUCCUUCCUAAAGUCCUGCAGGUCAAGAACUUUGGAUGCUCUGGGCGUACCAAAUAUACCCACCUGCUGGAUCAAGACACCACUUGCUUCGAGUCAGGGUGGGCUCAACAAACUGCCCAGAACACAAAGUUCUUUCAACAGAAGGCAGCUGGAGUAGGAGAUGCAUUUGAGCGACCAUCGGCCAAGAAAUGGAAAACCAGCUAAGACUCAACUACGUAUUGCAGCUGUGGACACUAGCACUCUCAACAUCUGGUCCUUG